AUGGGCCGAAUCCUGCAGCUCCUCUGCCUCCUCCUGCUCCUCAGUUCCUGCCCCUGCGCCAUCAUCACUGGGGCCUGCGAGCGGGACCCUCAGUGUGGCCGCGGGACCUGCUGUGCCACGAGCCUGUGGCUGAGGGGGCUGCGGGUCUGCACCCCCCUGGGCCAGGAGGGGGACGAGUGUCACCCCUUCAGUCACAAGGUCCCUUUCUUUGGGAAGCGCCAGCACCACACCUGCCCCUGCCUGCCCAAUCUCCUGUGCUCCAGGUUCCUCGGCAGCCGCUUCCGCUGCUCCAGCCACUUCAAAACCAUUGAUUUUUAGGGGGAUUCUCCCUAAAAACCCACCCAUGAGCCCACAGCACCCAUGUCUUGCCCUUUCCCGUGGCUGUCAGGUGCCCACAGAGCACCAGGCAGCCUCAAAGUGCUUUUCUGGGGUGGACGGUGUCUUUUUGAGCUGUUCUGUGGGGAAAUCGA